CGUCUGCAUCGCAGCGCUGCUCAAAAGGGCUCUCAGACACACAUGCGCUGCGCCAUCGCUGUGGCAACUUCGUUCUCCACAGCGCUCACACUGGCUGCAGCCAUGGCAGCGCCGCGCACAGUGACACCUAGCUCCGGCCCUGUCUUGGUGACCGGCGCAUCCGGCCUAGUCGGCGCCAACGUCGCCAAUCAGCUGCGCAAGGAGGGCUACAGCGUGCGCGCCGCCGUGCGGGAAACGUCGGCCGAGAAGAACGAAUUCCUGCGAGCCAUGGGCUGCGAGCUCUUGCGAGUGCCGGACCUGCUGUCGGACGAGGGCUGGGCCGAGGCGAUGGCUGGGUGUGUGGGCCUGGCUCACGUGGCGUCACCUGUAGAUAUCGCUGGAAACACUCCCGAAGACGUCAUGAUCUCGCAGGCCGUCGAGGGCACGGAGCGCGCGCUGCGCUUUGCGGCCGAAGCCGGGACUGUCCGCAGAGUUGUGGUCACGGCGACGAUGGCGUCGAUCUGUGGCUCGCAACGCGAGAAGAAUCCUGAUCAUUUGUGGUCCGAGCUCGACAAAAACGACGCGCCGCAGACUGGGUAUUCGAAGGGCAAGACCGCCGCCGAGGCCAAGGCCUGGGAGCUCGCCGCUCAGCACGCCGACAAGUACGACGUGACUACGGUUCAUCCAGCGGUCGUGCUGGGGCCGCUGCUCCCGGGCCAGCGCGCGUCAUCUACUAUGUUGUUGCUGAAGCAGAUAUUGGAUGGCGCGGUCGUGCCAUCCAUGUUCGGCCUUUGCAGUACUACGGACGUGGCGGCGGUUCAUGUCGCUGGGUUGAAAGAGGCUUCGACGGCUGGUGAGCGUUACCUCGUGUGUUCGCGGGACCAGUUCUCUACUCUAGACAUCGCGGAGCUCCUGAAAGAGCACGCGCCAGAUCAGUCCGCGGGCGUAGACUUGGCGAAAUGGCGCGCCGACGAGAAGGUCGCGGCGCUCAAGCCCAAGAAGCCUAGUACCGACAACGCCAAGGCCUGCGCGCUGCUCGGACGA